CCGCGGAGCCUGGCACUGACAGCUACUGUCAUGUUUGCGUUGAGGACUGUUGCGCUCCAUGUGCAGAAGCAACACCUCUCUGGAUUGGCUCUGGCCUGGAUGCGGCCAUCUUAUGCACUCUGUCAACAUAGCGACUUUACAAGUGAAUGCCGGCUUUAACUGCCUGUUUUCCGGUGUUCGUUGGAGGCGAAACUGGAUGAAGAGUACUUUUACCUCGACCAGCGCGUUGGAAUUUGAGUCUUUUGAGUAGCAUUGUGGCAAAGUAUCGGCGGUCCAAUCACAGAGCCUGUCACUUGUAUGCAAAUGCGCUGUUAUCACAGUCACGUCAGCAGCAGCGGUAAAGCCGCUGCGCCGUGGUCGCCAGCAGGAGUACAAGUAACAACACAGUCACAAGUUCGCCGAUAUUAUUGUAUCUACACUGACGCCCGGGAGGUGCGACUUUAAGUUCGUUUCAGGGACACAAUACAGGGGACAUGUUGUAGUGAGAAAGGCUCACUGGGACCAGCAGGGAUCGAGAGGUGUCCUGAAGGUUCCCCUUACAUUCUGGGCUUACAUCAUGGACUUUUUUGAUGACCCCAGUCUCUUUGGAGGAGGCUUGGAAGGACUUGGUGAGGAUGGUUUUCCCUCUGCACAGUCACUUGUGGAUGAGCUAAACCUCAGUUCUGACUAUGGUCCACUCCAAAUGGAGCCUCUGGGCUCAGGAAAGCACCAAGGCAUAAUGCCACAAGUUUCAGCCCAACAAAUUCCCACAUACAGUCAACAGAUGGGUCACUAUACAAGCAUCAAAGCACAGAGUCAUACAGAGCAUGCCUUCUCUGAGCAUGGUGUCACAGGUGGUAGCAUAAUGCCAGAGCAUCGUGGCCAGUACCACAAUGCCUCUGUUAGUCAAGUCCCUUCAUCCAAUGGAGGGUUCUGUAGCAGUCCUAUGUGGAGCAACCAAGAGCAGAAUGGGAAUAGAUAUCACCCCAUGUCUCAUCAGCAACAACAUCUCCAACAACAGCUUUGUCAUCUGCCAUCGCCACAGCACAUCCCACAAGCUAAUGUCAGACAGCAACAUUUGCGGCAGCAGCAACACCAUCCCUAUCAUCAACAACAGCAGCAGCAGCAGCAACAUAGUAUGCGACAGCAGCUGCAACAGCAAAGUCAUCAGCAUCAGCUGAUAAACCAGCAUCAGCCCCAACACUUGAAUGCACAGACAAUAUCCCUGCAUCAACAGCAGCAUCAUAAUUUUUCCCCUCACAAGGGAAGUCGCCCUGAAAGCCAACAACAAAUUCACUAUGGUCGGCAGGAGGUUCAACACCACCUGACAGCAGGAGGGCCAAGGCUACAGUCAGGAGUUUUGCCAAGCAGGCCUUACCUGGAUAACCACAACACGUCUCUAGGUGGCAUUUGCUCACAGCCAUAUCAGCAGCAGCAUGCUAACUACCACAUGGCCGCAGGGAGUCAAGCCUUCCCCGGAUCAGGGCUGGAAGACCCUAACCUGCCCUUCCCGAUGCAUUCAUCAUCUAUGGUUUCCUCCCUGCCAACAUGCUCAGUAAGUUCAGCCACUCCUUACCAACCAACUCAGUACCCUGCCUACCCAGGAGAGCCUGAAAUACCAAGUCUGGAUCCACAGUCUCUGUCGUCAACCUCACUGUCUGGUUGUAUCUCCACCAACUCUGUACCUCAAGCUUCCACAGUGCCUGAUCCAUUUGGAUGUCAAUUUUCAUCCAAAAGAAUUAUGAAUCAGCAGCACACUAGGAUAGCAGUAGGCCAGGCCGACUGUCCAUUCCAGGCAGUACAUUGUUCUGGAGAAACCCAGGAAAAAAGCAGGCCAGUUGAGAUGUUUGGUAAAUCCAUGAGCUGCUACCCUAACAUGACCAACCAGCUAUCCACUGAGCAAUCUCAAAGCCAUGGGGUCAUCAACAGCAACAGAUACCAGGAUUUGAAAGACAGUCUUCUGACAUCAGAGGCUCAAGAUGGAGGCUUCGAGGGACUGGAACCUCCUGACUUAUUGCCUGACCUGCUGCCUCAGCUUGAGGCAGCUCUUAAACAAGAGAGUGAAUCCAGUUGUUCCUGGGCCUGUUCCAUGGAGAGAGGAGAUGAUGCCAAAAAGCCUACACCUUUUGAAUGUAAAGACGAAAAGCCGAGAAAGAACACUAAUGGUCCUGGCUGCCAGGUACGGGCCCUAAGUCCCCUGGUGAAGAGCAGCUCGUCGUCUUCCUCCUCGUCGUCGCCAUCAUCUUCUUCAUCAAGCUCCUCCUCCUCUGAGAAAAGGGCACAGCAGAGGACGCACCAUCAGAUGGAGACAUCACCAUUGGGCAAACAGGAGAAGGCCAACAGGAUAAUAUCAGAGGCUAUUGCAAAGGCACAGCAGCGUGGAGAGAAGAAUAUUCCCAGAGUCAUGAGCCCUGAGAGCUUCCCUGGUUCCUCCUCCCAGUACAAGUCCCACCGAGAUCGAGAGCACAAAGGAAAUGGCAAGGCCCGGUCCAAACAGAAGGCCUGUAGGAAGGCCCACAUUGUACCAUCUUCCAAGUCCAAGCAGAAAUCCAAGAUUGGCAAAAUUGUCAUCAAGAUUGGAAAGAAGAAAAAGCGAAAGCACGAGUCUUCAGAUGAAGUGUCAUCAGAUGACGACCCUCCACCUCGGCACUCUUCAAAAGAUGAUUCGAAGAGAAGAUCUAAUCGACAGGUGAAAAGAAAAAAGUACGCCGAAGAGCUGGAGGCCAGGUUAUCAGAUGAGGACGUCAAGGUUAUCGUCAAGGCCAAGAAAACCAACGCUCCAGCAUCCAAGGGCCCUGGUGUACAACUUUUUGUAGAAAAUCCCAGUGAAGAAGAUGGUGCUGUAGUUGACAAAAUCAUGUCUUCUCGCAUUGUUAAGAAGGAGGUGUCUCCAGGUGUUGUAGUGGAAGUGGAAGAGUUUUUCGUAAAAUACAAAAACUACUCCUACCUACACUGUGAGUGGGCCACAGAGCAGCAGCUGGAGAAGGACAAGAGGAUCCAGCAGAAGAUCAAACGCUUCAAGAUGAAACAAGCACAGCGGGCACACUUCUUUGCAGAUAUGGACGAGGAGCCCUUUAACCCUGACUAUGUAGAGGUAGACAGAGUGCUCGAGGUGUCGUACUGUGAGGACAAAGGAGAGGAGGUGGUGUAUUACCUGGUAAAAUGGUGUUCUCUGCCGUACGAGGACAGCACCUGGGAGUUAAAGGACGACGUAGAUCAGAGCAAGAUUGAAGAGUUUGAGCAGCUGCAGGCAGUCAAGCCAGACUCACGCAGGGUGGAGCGCCCCCCAGCAAAUCUAUGGAAGAAGAGGGAGCAGUCAAGGGCAUACAGGAAUGGUAACAGCCUCAGGGACUACCAGCUGGAGGGAGUCAACUGGCUUCUCUUUAACUGGUACAACAGACGUAACUGCAUCCUCGCAGACGAGAUGGGCCUGGGAAAGACCAUACAGUCCAUCACGUUCCUGGAGGAGAUCUAUCGUGUGGGCAUAAAAGGGCCCUUUCUCAUCAUUGCCCCACUUUCCACAAUUGCCAACUGGGAGCGAGAGUUCCACACUUGGACCCACCUUAAUGUGAUCGUCUAUCAUGGGAGUAUGAUCAGCAGGCAGAUGCUGCAGCAGUACGAAAUGUACUUCAGGGAUGCACAUGGACAUGCAAUGCGAGGUGCCUACAAGUUCCAGGCUGUCAUUACAACAUUUGAGAUGAUCCUGGGGGGUUGUCCAGAGCUCAACGCCAUACAGUGGCGCUGUGUUAUCAUUGACGAGGCCCACAGACUGAAGAACAAGAACUGCAAGCUGCUGGAGGGCUUCAAGCUUAUGAGCCUGGAGCACAAGGUCCUGCUGACAGGCACUCCUCUCCAGAACACUGUGGAGGAACUCUUUAGCCUGCUGCACUUCCUGGAGCCUGCACGCUUCCCCUCAGAAAAUACCUUCAUGCAGGAAUUUGGAGAACUCAAGACUGAAGAACAGGUGCAGAAGCUGCAGGGUAUCCUGAAGCCCAUGAUGCUGCGUCGGCUGAAGGAGGAUGUGGAGAAAAAGUUGGCUCCUAAAGAAGAAACCAUCAUUGAAGUGGAGCUCACUAACAUUCAAAAGAAAUACUACCGCGCCAUCUUAGAGAAGAACUUCUCCUUCCUGUCUAAAGGAGCUGGACAGGCGAAUAUGCCUAACCUGGUCAACACUAUGAUGGAGCUGCGAAAGUGCUGCAACCACCCCUACCUCAUCAAAGGGGCAGAAGAGAAGAUCCUUGAGGACUUCAGGGAAGUCUAUAGCCCCACUGCCAGUGACUUUCACCUGCAGGCCAUGGUGCAGUCUGCUGGAAAACUAGUCCUUAUUGACAAACUGUUGCCGAAGAUGAAGGCUGGGGGUCAUAAGGUGCUCAUCUUCUCCCAAAUGGUGCGCUGCCUGGACAUUUUGGAAGACUACCUCAUUCAGAGAAGGUAUUUGUAUGAACGGAUAGAUGGACGUGUUCGUGGAAAUCUGCGACAGGCGGCCAUCGACCGCUUCAGCAAGCCUGACUCAGACCGCUUUGUUUUCCUACUGUGUACAAGAGCUGGAGGCCUGGGAAUUAAUCUCACGGCAGCAGACACCUGUAUCAUCUUUGACUCUGACUGGAACCCACAGAACGACCUGCAGGCCCAGGCUCGCUGCCAUCGUAUCGGUCAGGACAAAGCAGUGAAGGUUUACCGUCUGAUCACAAGAAACUCUUAUGAGCGGGAAAUGUUUGAUCGAGCCAGUCUGAAGCUGGGCCUGGACAAAGCAGUGUUGCAGAGCAUGAGUGGCCGAGAUAACAGCCUUGGAGGAGGAGGAGGAGGAGGCACCGGUGGAGGGGCAGCGCAGCAGCAGCUGUCUAAGAAGGAGAUUGAGGAUCUAUUGCGACGUGGUGCUUAUGGUGCCAUCAUGGAUGAGGAGGAUGAAGGAGCGAAAUUCUGCGAAGAGGACAUCGACCAGAUUCUUCAGCGCAGGACAAAAACUAUCACCAUUGAGUCUGAGGGACGAGGCUCCACCUUUGCAAAGGCCAGUUUUGUGGCAUCUGGAAACCGCACAGACAUUUCUCUGGAUGACCCAAAUUUCUGGGACAAGUGGGCCAAGAAAGCAGACAUUGACAUGGAAAUGGUGAAUGGCAGGAACAGUUUGGUCAUUGACACUCCUCGUGUCCGAAAGCAGACCAGGCCAUUCAGUGCCACCAAGGAUGAACUGGCAGAGCUUUCAGAGGGCGGAAGCGAGAGUGAUGAUGGCAAACCUAAGGUCCGGCGAAACAAUGACCGCCUCAAUAGCUAUGGACGGACAGAGUGCUUCAGAGUAGAGAAGAACCUGCUUGUAUAUGGGUGGGGUCGUUGGAAGGACAUCCUUAAUCACGGGCGUUUUAAGAAGCAGUUGACAGAGUGGGAUGUGGAGUCCAUCUGCAGGGCACUGUUGUCCUACUGCUUGGUACAUUACCGCGGAGAUGACAAGAUCAAGAGCUUCAUGUGGGACCUCAUUGCCCCUGCUGAGGACGGUCGUACAAAAGAGCUACAGAAUCACUUAGGUUUAUCUGCCCCAGUGCCCCGGGGCAGAAAGGGUAAAAAGAUGAAGACGCAGUCGAGCUCUUUUGACAUCCACAAAGCUGAGUGGCUCAGGAAACACAACCCAGAGCACAUGCUGCAGGAUGACGGCUACAAGAAACACCUCAAACACCACUGCAACAAGGUGCUGCUCAGGGUCAGAAUGCUCUACUACCUGAAACAAGAGGUGAUUGGAAACCAGGCCCAGAAAGUACUGGAUGGUGCAGACUCCAAUGAGGUCAAGAUCUGGGUCCCAUCUCCUGACCAUUCAGAGCUGCCCGCCUUGUGGUGGGAUGCCAUCGCUGACAAGUGUCUUCUGUUGGGUAUAUUUAAACAUGGUUAUGAGAAGUACAACACUAUUCGUGCAGACCCCAAACUGUGCUUCCUAGAGCGUGUGGGUCGACCUGAUGAGAAGGCCAUCGCUGCCGAACAAAGGAGCAACGAUUUCAUGGAUGGGGAUGUGGAUGAUCCAGAAUACAAGCCUGCUCCAGCUCUGCUGAAAGAAGACAUGGAGGAUGAUGUCUCUUCUCCAGGAGAUUUGGUUGUUGCCGACAACACUGCAGAUCCUGUGCCAUUGCUGGAAGGUCAAACUUCCUACUGGCCCUCAUCCUCAGUGUUGACAGCUCGACUGAGGCGUUUAAUCACUGCCUCCCAGCGCUACACCAAGAGCCGGCAGAUCCUCAACAUCCACCAGGCUCAGUCACUGACCCAGUCCAUGUCUCAGUCCCAGCAGGCAAUGAUGCUGUCUGCCCCUCUGUGCCCACUGCCUCCUACACUUGACAACAACCUCAACCCAAAAAUGGCUGCAAAGUUUGAAAGGCAGCAAAGAUGGACCAGGCGGGAAGAAGCUGACUUCUAUCGUGUCGUUUCCACCUUUGGUGUUGUUUUUGACCCCACCCUUGGUCAGUUCGACUGGACCAAGUUCAGGGCUAUGGCUCGGCUGCACAAGAAGACUGACGAGAGUCUGCAGAAAUACCUGUGUGCUUUCACUGCCAUGUGUCGACGGGUGUGUAGACUGCCACCAAAAGAGGGAGAUUCUGCUGUGGACCAAUCUCUCACCAUCCAGCCCAUCACAGAGGAGCGAGCAUCACGUACCCUUUACAGAAUAGAGCUACUUCGCCAGGUGCGGGAGCAAGUUCUGCCACAUUCAUUUCUCUAUGAGCGCCUGCCACUGUGCCAGAUGAGCUCGGACUUGCCUGUGUGGUGGGAGGCUGGAAACCACGACCGUGACCUGCUAAUUGGUGCAGCCAAGCAUGGCGUAAGCCGCACAGAUUACCACAUUCUGAGAGACCCUGAGCUCUGCUUCAUGUCUGCCCAGCGAAACUACAGCCAAACAAAAGCUGUACAGCAGCAGUCAGGCACAUCCAACCCAAUCCUCCACCCUCAGCACCAGGCUGCCAGCUCAGUGUUAACAGGCUCUCCGAUGCAUCAAACAGGACAGAGAGAGUCAGUACCCUUUGGGCUUGUGGCCAAAGUGGAACCAGCCUCUGAGGGGGAGGAGAGCAGCAAUAAACAAGGUGAGGGUUGGAGUCCCCCUAAAGCACCAGCCACUCCGACAGGUCUGGAAGAGAAGCCUGUGGUCGAAACAAUGGACAGUGAGAGGCAGAUGGUAGCAGCACGAACCAAACCCCUAACGCCCAACUCCUCAGACAGGAAACCUAAAAAGUCCAGCAAGAGAGGUCGUAGGGAAACCAGACGUGGAUCUGAAUCCAACUCUGAUGGUUCCUCUUCAAGCUCUUCAUCACGCUCCUCUUCCUCUUCAUCAUCAUCUUCUUCCUCCUCACAUUCCGGCUCAAGCUCCUCUUCUUCUUCUUCGUCCUGCUCUUCGGGAUCUUCUUCGUCAUCCUCAUCAUCCUCAUCUUCUGAUGACAGUGACAGUGAUGGAGAAGAAAGGAAGAAGAAAGUGCCUGCACCAACAAGUAUGAAGGGGUUUGAUGAGGACAGUGUUGCAUCACUGAGCACAACACAGGAUGAAACACAAGAUGCUCAGGUAGCUGAGAACGGUGUUGCCUUUAACUCCUCACAUCCUUUCCAAGGAGGGAGAUACAUGCUCGCUGCUUCAUAUUGGCCCAAGGAUCGUGUAAUUAUCAACCGCCUGGACAGCAUCUGCCAAGCAGUGCUUAAGGGAAAGUGGCCAGAAACACGUCGGGUUUAUGAGCCCGGGGGUGCGGUGGCCUCAUUCUACACCACCAAGCUGCUGGACAGUGCCAACAGCCUGUGCGAGGACCCCUCUGCUUCACCACAGGGGUCAAAGGUGACCAAGCAUGUUGCAGAAAACAAGGAGUUCUCAGUAAAACUCAACGACCAGGAGGGAGGUCUGAAGCUGACCUUCCAAAAGCAGGGUCUUCCGCUGAAGAGGCCCCUGGAAUCUGAGGAGGGUCCCCACGCCCAGCAGCAGUACCUGGCCCGGCUCCAUGAGCUACAAAGUGCUUCGGACACUGGUCUCACAGAUAUCACCAAGCCUCAAAACAGCUUUCAGACUGUGCCAGCAGUUCUUCCUGGUCAGAUGAGGCUAAAUGGAGUACUGGAAGGCCAACCUCUGGUUAAAAAGCGUAGAGGAAGAAAGAAGAAUGUCGAGGGAGUAGACCUGCUCUUCAUGAACAAGAGUAAAGGUCCUUCUUUUGCUGAUCAUACUAUCUCUUUCCAGGUGCCUCCAGGCUGGGGUGGUAUUGGGCAGGUGGGCAUGGCUAUGGCCUCUGCAUCAGGCUAUGACCAGACCUCUGGUCAGGUCUCUGCAGAUACAGAGACCAGGGUUCCUGUCAUUAGCCUCAAAGAUGGCACCCGGCUCGCUGGGGAUGAUGCUCCAAAGAGGAAAGACCUAGAGCUGUGGCUGAAUGAACAUCCUGGCUUUGUUGCAGACACAGGAGCCUUUAUUCCUGGGGUAAACAAGAUGCAAAUGCAGUUCCACUUCCAGGACGGUCGUCCCAAGCAGAAGCGGCAUCGCUGCAGAAACCCUAACAAGAUAGAUGUAAACAGCCUGACCGGAGAGGAAAGAGUCCAAAUUAUCAACAGAAGGAAUGCGCGCAAGAUUGGUGGAGCGUUUGCUCCCGCUCUCAAGGAUCUGUGCAGGUUCUUGCAGGAGAACCCAGAGUACGGUGUCCCUCCUGAAUGGGCUGAUGUGGUCAAACAGUCGGGUUAUCUCCCAGAGAGUAUGUUUGACAGAAUCUUAACUGGACCCAUCGUUCCUGAGGAGGUGAGCAGGCGUGGACGUCGACCUAAGAACCCUAUGGCUAAGGCUGCAGCUGCUGCAGCAGCAGGAGCGGCAACAGGAGCGGCAACAGGAGCAGGAGCAACCAACACGGCUGCCACUGCGCUCAGCCUCAACCCGCUGCUGGCCAAUGGCCUCCUUCCUGGAAUGGAUCUGACUAGUCUGCAGGCUUUCCAGCAAAACCUCCAGAGUUUACAGUCCCUGCAGCUUACAGCAGGCCUGAUGGGGCUGCCACCCGAUGCUAGCAACCUGGCAGCAAGCAACCUCGCUGCCAUGUUUCCCAUGAUGCUCUCUGGUAUGACUGGAUUGCCAAAUCUGCUUGGCAUGAGCAGCAUGCUUGGGAAGUCUGCUUCUGAGGACACAGGAGGAUCAGCACAAAAGACAAAGGGAACCAGCAGUGUGGCAACAGCAGAGGCGUCCGCCUCUACAACCUCACCUCUCACCUCAGACACCAAAGGAGAAAGGACUGACAGCUCAAACACAACUCCUUCCUCAGCUUCCAGCUCUUCUUCCUCCUCAACUGCCCCACAAAGUGCUUCAGCUGCCUCUGCAGCCUCCAGUCACCCACUGUCUCUUAACCCUUUGUUACUUUCCAGUAUGCUUUACCCAGGGAUGCUUCUCACUCCAGGCCUUAACGUUCCUGUGACUUCCACACAGCUGCAGAGCUCCAACAGUGACCCCAACCCUCCCUCUGCUCGUCUUCCUCCUCCGUCCUCAGCUUCCAAGUCAUCAUUUUUGGAGAUGGAGAAGCCAACAGCAGAGGGGGAUAAAGAGGAGGAAGAGGUGGAGAGUGAGGCGGUUGAAGAGGGGUUGGAAGAAGAUGAGGACGAGGAAGAUUCGGCAGAACAAAAGGAGAACAGUGGUGGAGAAGGUUCAGGGAAAGCUGAGACCUCUUCGUCAGAAUCCGGGAGCUCCUCCUCCUCCUCAGAUGACUCAGACUCCAGUGACGAGGACUGAAACCAUGAAAAUAUAAUUAUAAAAUUAUUUAUGUAUCACUGAGAAAUGUACACAUACAGUCUAUUCACAUAUAUAUGGACUUUUCCAGCACUUAGUCCGUGCUUUCUUUACAUGUAAAUAUGAGAACUAACUAAAUUGUUGUGUAAUAAAUAAAAAAUAAAGUUAAAAAAAUUGAAAAACUGACAUAAAUGAACUGAAAUAAAAUUUCAGUGUUUGUUCACAUGGUACAAGUCUUGUUUUGAGGCAUUUUGCAUGUCAGAUUUUGGUAGAUUUCUGUGGACUUGUACCACACAGUUAUGUACAAUUGCAACAAAAUGGCAUUAUUGUAAUUAUUUCAGGAUUUAAUUUUAUUAAAAAAAGUGAAACUACAUCAACACGCUCGUUGAGCUGUACUAUUAAUAUAUUUUGAUUGUUGGGGAGGGGUUGAGGGAAGACGACACUUGACAUACACUUUGGUUCCUCUUGUAAAUACUCAAGUCCUUUUACAGGUUUGUUGACACGUAUGCUUUGCAGAUCAUGCGUUGGAUAUGUCAGCAAUAACUUGGGCAGCUAAUGAAUGUCACUGAAGCUGUAGAUUCUCUGUCUGCCAUGGUCCACCCUUGUGCACAUCUCACACAGCCUCCCCCACUUAGGUCAUUGCUACAUUUCUCAUUAUUUACUUUUUUGGGGGAAAAAAAGACCCUUUUUUACAUCACACUGAUUUAGGGGGAAGUAAGUAUUUUCUUUUCACAACUUCAAAAACAAAUGGACCAUUAAGUUAUUUAAAAGAACUUCUAAUCUUUAUUAAUUUACAGUCAAUGUUCCAACAUGCCCAAGGCGCACUUUAGCUAUUCACCAUAGGCGUACGUGUCCAUUUCUGUUGUAUUAUUUUUUUUGUUUUUUGUUUUGUUUUUAUUUAAGUGUCAGUGUGUGGAGAAUUAAAACAACCUUUUACUGUGUGCCAAAAUCAGCCCUCUGAGUUCCUUGACAGUUUUUUUGUGUGUGUUCUCAGAGUCCUGGAUAUUAUACUACUAAUGCCCCGGCGUAUUUGACUGCAGUUAUACCUCAACUGUGCUCAGUAGAUUGGCUUCACUGUGCAAAUGUACAUGUGCAUAUGUUUGUCUGUUGGAAAUUGUGUCAAAGACCUUUUCUCUUUUGUACUGAGAGCUUCCACUGUGUUAUUUCUUCUUGGCCAGGCCUCUCACCUGUAUCUACUUCUUCCAUCAUGUUCCCACCAGAAUGUUGUGCAUUUAGAAGGGGUCUUGUGUACUAUAAACACAGUGUAUAAUCACACUGUAUAAAGUGUUUUUGUUUGUUUGUUUUUUCCCAUUAGGAUAUAAAUUUUGUCUUGCAUGAUCACCUGUCUACCAAAGUUUUGUUUGUAAUGGGUGGCACAAGCACAUAACAGUUCAAAUCCUGGCUUAGAUUGUAAUGACUGUGCUUGUCUUAUAAAAUUUAACACAAUGCCAGAUUGGCUGAUUUCAGGAAGGGCUUUAAAAAAAAGGAGCCAGUGUGUCUCUGAGUGUUUGGGACAUUGUUGUGUUUUUCACUUCAUCUUGGACUCUGUUCUGCUGAUGAAUGGUGUUUCAGUAGAUGUAGAAGUGCCCUUAUCCUGUACCUCACUGUCAUCUAACUCCUCUGUCUGUCAGCCAUGCUUGUCUGUCACCUGUGCAUGUGUUCACUGUAAGCUGUAACACUGGAGUUCACUCAAGCCGAAGUACCUUUUGUAAAUUUCUCUAGCACAACAAGUGCUUGCUCUAGGACUGCUGUUCCACAGUGGACUGUUAAAGGUGAUGAAAAGUCAAAUGUGAUCUUUUGUUUGGACUGGUGAUGACAGAGCGCUGCUCCUCAGUUCAAGGUGCCCAUUGAAAAAACACAGUCUGGUUAGCUUGCAGGUUUUGCUGUAGCAUUGUUCUCUGGUGGGUUUAACCAUAAACAACCGUGUUGUCGAAACACAAAGACCUAAAA